AUGGAAGGAUUGCAUAUCCUUGCAGAUGGUGAAGAAGUAGUGUUUCCGGUAGCGGUUGAGAAAGAAAAUAUUGGUCAGGAUGUGAAUUAUAAAUCCUACCUUGAUUACCUUAAGGUUAAUUAUCCGAAUUUACAUAAAUUCAAUAUUAAACUAGAAUCAGAUGAUCCUGUUGAAUUUGACAAACUUCUUCAAAGGGAUUCAAUAAUUCAUAAUGCAAUUGACAUUCAGAUGUACGAACACUUAAACUCUGCUGAUGAUAUUUGGGAUAGUAUAACUCAUCGAAUUACAAAUAUGGGAUUUAUGGGUAGAUAUGCAAGGAUCGCAACUUCAAUUGAGCAUGGUAGAAACUAUAUUUUCACAUUUGGUGAGUUUUCGCAUGUUUAUCCAUUUCUGAAAUCGUGUGUUGGUGAUGCAAGAGAGAGAAGACGUGAUCUGCAAUUACCCCAACUUGAUGAAUCUUUAAUAGACAGUUAUAAACUACAUUAUGUUAAUCAUUAUAAAGGGUUGUUUGAUUCAACAUCCGCAGAUUUUGAGAUUGAAAAAAGGACACCAUAUAAUAGAUCAUUUGUCUAUAAGACACCCAGGCAAACGCCACUGGGUACGGAAUGGAGCGUAUUGUCUGUAGAUGAAGUGCAUGUUAAAUUGACAAAGAAUUUUAGGGAUUUAUAUACUAGGGCUAGGUACGAACAAUGCGUUGAAGAGGUUUCCAAAAGCCAGCGGAGCCAUAAUUUCAUGGUUGGAAGGGAUUAUAAUAUAGGGGAAACACUCAGUACUCACGAAGAUCUAUACCCAAGCGUAAUUAGAGACGGUUUAAAUAUCAAGAGAUAUGUUUAUGAAAAAUUUCUCCAUUGUUCAGUUAGUUCGUGUCCCGGCUCAGUUAGGAUUAUUUUAGAUUGCAUUCAUAACGUUGUGAUUAUUUCCACAACAAAUCCGCAUUUUGAUUGUAUGGAAGCUCACAAGAGGAGAGUUUAUGAUGUUGUUAGGAAAAUGUUUGUGAUUAAUAAUGCUGAUCUCAGUAAACUUGACGAGAAAUAUCUAGCAAUUCUCAGAAGAUAUGGUCUAACUUAUGUGGAAUCAUGGAUAGGAUCUGAAGAUCUAGAAAGUUUUCAUAAAACUGAGCUCACGCCGUCCAUUCAUAGGUACAACUAUAAAAGAGAGUUUGGGCAAAGCUGGUCUAGUCAAAAAAAUAGAAGCUGGGUUGUUGAUAGCUUUUAUAAUAAGGAUGAAGAAACUUUGAGGAAGAAGAGAAAAACAGCAUCCGAAAAACAAAUUGUUGAUAGUGAGCUUACAGCUUUGAAAGUGCAUGAUAAAACAACAAAUGGGAUAUCCUCUUGGAAUACGGAUUUGUUGAGAAAAAGUAGAAUUGGGGGAUUAAUUUAUAGAGAUGAAUGGGAGUUUCAUGUUGAUCAGAGAGUAAACUUGAAAUUAAGGGAAGUCUUCAGAGUUUGGCGAAAGUUUUAUUUUGAAAUUCAUGAUACGAUCAGAAACGUUAUUAGCUACCGCAAGUUGCGUAGUAGGCAGCUUGAGAUUUACUUUUCCUAUGGGAAAUUCAAGGGUAAAAUUCACAGACUUUACAAUCAAACUAUGAGGGUUUUAAAUGAAGCCUACGAGAUUUUGGAAGAAUGGAGUCCGGUGUAUAUAACUGACGAAUUGUUGAUCAAGAGUUAUCUAGGAUUAAAGACUAACCCUGUUAUCCAUCGAGACUAUAGUGCUUAUUUCCAUCCAUAUCCAUUGAUAAAACAGUUUAACUUUGACGCAAGAGUUUAUAGCUCGCAUGACACGCAGGAGCUGUUAAUUUGUGAUUCUAAAGAUCAAUUAGUCAACUGUGAUGAUAUUUAUAUAUACGAGCGUAACUAUCGGUACUUCUCAUCUCCCCAGAAACAAGCAGAGAAGAUUCAGAAACUAUACUGUCAUCCAUCGGAAAAGUAUAUGUCCUACAACCCUAACCUCGAGGAACUGAUUUUGAUGUUACAUAUCGAUGAACCUGAAUUUAUCAAGAACAGAUUUUUCAGAGCCACUAUGUUUAGAAAUCCAAAGAAGUUUACAGCAGACACCUCUGCUGAUCUAAUUCAACAUCACCUCAAAGUACAGGAACACUUCACACAGAUUGAGAAAUAUGAAUUCGAUGACAUUUUCCAACCUUAUAUCUAUCAAAUGAAAUUUAAGGUAGACGAUGAGACUAGAAAUGCUUUCUUACUGUGCGAAUCCAAGUUCGAUAUGUUGCGUUUUCGGAAAUGGGUAGCUGAAUAUCGUAUCAAAGAAACACCAAUGAACGCCAUGUUGUUUAGGCAACCAGCCAGCAAAGAGCAUAUUGUAGAUGACGAAACAGUACUUUCCAGAACAUUGAUACUACAGCCUAAAUUGCAUGAGAAAUAUCCAAUUCCCUUGAUUCAUUAUUUCAUUGGAUGUAUGAUCCACCAGGACUAUAAUGAUGCAGUAGCCAUUUCAAUCAUUAGGAGAUACCUUCCGUUGUAUAGAAAUAAGGAGUCUGAUGAGCAUACAUUAGUAAUAAACGAUAGAGUUGUUUCAAAAGUUACUGGUAAAAGUAGAUUCAUUAUAUCACAGCUUGAGCAAGAGCUACGAGAGUUUUCUAAUAGACCUGAAUAUUGGAAUAUAUCUGUGGAAAAUGAUUCGUUUGAUGACGACGAGAUUUAUAAACUGAAAUUACAAUUAAAGCGACUUCUCACCGUGGAUGAAAAGAAUAAGAAGUUAAUACUUGAUGGCAUAGAGCUUUAUACAGCGGCUUAUCAACAAGACGAGUAUAAAGAUGUAUUUCUGGCGACACAUCGUGAUCAUAUAUCAUUAAUUGAAGCUUUGGCAAAGAAAAUAUAA